UUACGUAUUCACACGUUGCCGAACGUAGAAGGUAGAACGGGUAAUCUUGCCUUAGCGCUACUUUUGUAGGUGGCGUCCGUGUUUUGUGUUUUGUGUGCCGGUGUGUGCGUUUGUGCAUCCGGAAACCUUACUGUUGCACUGGAACAAGUGUCAUCCUUAGCGUUCCAUCGAGUAGCUACGAGGGUGACCCACAAUCGUGGAAGAUCCCGUGAAAAGAAACGUGAUUGAAGCAAAGUCAGGUCAAAGAAGAAACACCAGCUCUAGGUUAGAAGACGGCACCACGUACGGCAAAAAGUGGAGUGGAAUUAAUGAAAUUACAUAUAACCCAUUUCUGUGGUUUUGGUGACUCGGUAGAGAGUGCGAGUAGAGGCGAAACCUGAAGAGUAAUAAAACUUCUGUGAUUCCUCGGGAGUGAUAGAUCAGUUCAUUGUUGUUGGCAGUCUGUAGAGUCAGCAAGAAAGCAGACGGACUUGCUGGAAACCGGUUUUCCAUCUUUUGUUGCACCUCUUCUAGCAGCAUUAUUAUCAUCAUUAUUAUCGAUUAGUUGGCGUUUUGCGGAUUCCAUUUUCCCGAAUCAAGCUGACUAGUUGUUCCAGAAAGCAUCGCACCGGUAGAAGGAUAUUUAAGCCCACUCGCAUGAUGAUUCAAUCGCGAAGCCUAGCGAUCAGUUUUAAUUUUCUGCAGUGAAUUAUUCUAGCCAAUUUUGUAUGUUCUUUUAAGCAAUCUUUGAAGGAUCGUGUUUUCGUUAUUUUUGUGUACUCUAGCAAGCAGAAGUAGAAUAUCGGUUUCGAAGUUUAUCUUUUUAUAUAUUUUUUUAAAUCAACGACCAUUGAAUGUUAAGUGCAUCACCACUGGGAAAAGUGCCCACGUGAAUCCUCAGUGUAGUGUGCAGUGGUGGUGUGCAGUGAUAUUUUAUCUGGGAAAGUAAAAGUGGAUACGGUGGUACUAGCGAAGAAAGUGUAUUGAUUAUUUCAACGUUCAUCCCGACCGGUGGCCGGAGGCUAACCGUUUUAAUAGCGAGCCACAUCCAGCAGGAACAGUGGCUUUAGGUUUUGGCAGUGCUGGUUACCGGACUGCACGAGCACCAACCUAAACCAGCAGCUGGAGCAGGAUAGAAUUGUCACAAUUACUACCGCCAACAAAAACAUGAAAAUGGUGUUGUCACAACGGCAGCGCGAGGAGCUUAACCAAGCGAUUGCCGACUACCUGGGAAGCAAUGGAUACACAGACGCACUCGAUGCAUUCAGAAAAGAGGCAGACAUGCCAAACGAAAUCGAGCGAAAGUACGGUGGUCUGCUGGAGAAGAAAUGGACCUCUGUGAUACGGUUACAGAAAAAAGUGAUGGAGCUGGAGGCAAAGCUGUCCGAAGCCGAAAAGGAAGUAAUCGAAGGAGCACCCACAAAGGCCAAGCGCACGCCCACCGACUGGAUACCGAGGCCACCGGAGAAGUUCGCCUUGGCCGGCCACCGGGCCACUGUGACCCGGGUCGUGUUUCAUCCAGUAUUCAGCAUGAUGGUAUCGGCAUCGGAAGAUGCCACCAUUAAAAUCUGGGAUUUUGAAACGGGCGAGUACGAGCGGACACUGAAGGGCCACACAGACUCUGUACAAGAUCUUGCCUUCGAUUCUCAAGGAAAAGUUUUAGCCUCCUGCAGUUCUGACCUAUCAAUCAAACUGUGGGAUUUCCAGCAGACAUACGAGUGCGUCAAAACCAUGCACGGACACGAUCACAAUGUAUCCUCCGUCUCGUUCGUUCCGGCCGGUGACUAUCUGCUGUCAGCUUCCAGAGAUAAAACCAUCAAAAUGUGGGAAGUGGCAACCGGAUAUUGCGUGAAAACCUUCACCGGUCACCGGGAAUGGGUCCGGAUGGUGCGAGUUAACGUGGACGGUUCGUUGAUGGCAUCCUGCUCAAACGACCACUCUGUUCGAGUCUGGCAGACGAACUCGAAGGAGUGCAAGGCCGAACUACGAGAACACGAAAAUACAGUGGAAUGCAUUGCCUGGGCACCUGAAUCGGCUGCGGCAGCUAUCAACGAAGCUGCUGGAGCAGACAACAAGAAGGGAGCACAUCAGGGUCCCUUCCUCGCAUCUGGAUCGAGAGAUAAAACCAUUAGGAUUUGGGAUGUCAGCUCUGGGCUGUGUCUGUUCACGCUUGUAGGCCACGAUAACUGGGUACGUGGAAUAGUGUUUCAUCCCGGUGGCAAAUACAUUAUUUCCGCCAGUGACGACAAGACGCUACGCGUCUGGGAUUUACGCAACAAGCGCUGUAUGAAGACACUGUAUGCUCACUCGCACUUCUGUACAUCUCUCGAUAUGCAUAAGUCCCAUCCGUUUGUCAUAUCUGGCAGCGUGGAUACGACAGUGAAAGUUUGGGAGUGUCGCUAAGCGAACAUUCGCAGGACUUGGGUUUCCGCUGUCCGUUUUAUACUAACUCGAAGUGAUGGAAAAAAAGAAACAACCGAAGCAAAGUAACAUAAGCAGCGCUGGUGAAAUAUCUAUUUGGUAACGACUUUAACAACAAGCGAAAACUAUACGCAAAUAUUCUGAAUACACACAUGAUAUGAAACAACAUGGACAAACUACAAUGGAAAUAAUACCAGUUAAAUAUUUAAAUAGUAACUUCUUUCUUUCUUUCGUUCAUUGAAACACCACAUGCUGUGUCAAUGUUUCAAUAAUAUGGAGUUUGGAAUAAAAUGAAGCUUAUAGCAGCAACAACAAUACUGAUUGUAGUAGUAUGACACUCAGUCUAAUUAAACAACAAGCAUAUUAUCACAUUAUAUUCUUAUAAUUACUAUUCAUAGCAAGUAGAAAUCAUAUUGGAAGCUAGAACAGCAUAAAAGUAGUAAAGUUACGAUGGUAGAGAUGCUUGCUUUUGGUUGAGAGUGAAGGAAGGUGCCAACUAGAAGGAACGGCCCCAGACGAACGAUAUCAAUAUGUAAACUUUACGACUCGUUAAGCUAGAUCGUGAGCGUGAACAGAGAAAGUAGAGAGAUCACAGCAGAUUUGUUUUCAGGAUGAAACGACGAAUACCGAAAUCGAACGAAUUUGGGAAAACAUUUCGGAAAUGGUCGAAGGUUUGCUGAUUAUUUCACUCUUGUCGUGCACCGUGGCGCAAACGUUUGUUCGAGGCUCUGUAUUGUUUGCCAUAUUGCGAGGGUAGUUUCGGAAUUCGCUCGAUAGAUCGGAGUAAUGCUAAGUUGCGACAUACCGUGUAUGUCGCCGGAAAUUGAACGACAAGUUCUGAUAUGUAGAUUUGAAACUCAAGUCAACUCUGGACUACAAAUGUUCAUUUAGCUAACGUUAUAUAAUCUGUAAUGCAUUUAGCUUUCUUUCCGACGUGACCUGAAAAGCCAUUGUUUGUUCUGUAUAAUAGUUGUUGGACAUUCACCGACGACUAAAUAUGUUGCUCAGCGGCAAGCUGUUACAAUUUGCUGUGAAUUUGUUCGCUAUAGUUUACACUUCGGUGUGGUCAACGUUGUUUCGUUUCCGUGUACAUACACAUACAUUAAUAUACUCAUAGCAAAACGUAGCUCGAUUACGGGAUAUUUUUAGCAUCUUACAAAGUUGUAAGUCGACGUCUUUUUACCUUUUUUUAUCAAAUUAUUUACCACAACUUUGCCAGCAGUUCUAGUGACGAACACGUUCCCUCCUGUUCUCACGAACCCUAUCAAUCGGUUAUAGGGAAGGGCAAAGUCAAAUGAGAGUGCAUGAGCGAGUAAACAAGCACGAGAACAACGAAUGCAAAACAUGUGCCGGACAAACAAGAGGAAAUAAUCUUCAGCAACAACUGAAUCCAUUCUGUAAAAAGUACCCACUAUAACCGAACUUGACCUUCCUGGAAAUAUUUGUUUACUAUGAAAUGAAGAACAGGAGAGCAAUGGUUACUAAGUUAUUGAUUAUAAUUGAUACAAAAAUAUAUGAAAAAAUAAACUAUUAACACUUUAGCUACGGCUCUAACUGGAAAUAUGAAAAUGCUGCAUUCACUAAGAAAAAAAUUUUAAAUUUAUAAGAAAACAGGCUGAAAUUUUCUUGAAGAAUCGCUUCCAGCUAUCGACACACCUUAAGCCUAUGAAACAAAUACCAACUGAUUCAACUAGAUUUUAAUUUAAAACGAUUACUGGCUUAAAAUGUACUUCCGAAAAGAAGAUGCGUCAUUAUUCGAAAAUUUUCCCUCGCUGAGACGAAGAGGCAUGGCAUACAUAGUUUAUUCUAGCUGAUUGUAGCGCGCAGUUGUAGCAAUCGUAGCUUGUAUAUUAUUUUGCUCAAUUCCCGCACCAACGCAAAAGUUUCCUAGUUUUCUCUUAAAAUUCUCUAAAAGAUUUUAUCAAUAUAGCAAAAAGUUCAGAUAAUUUAGUUUCGGGCUAAAUAUUUUGAGUCUUUAUUAUUAUUUUUUUUUGUAAAAAUGAGUGGUCUGAUUCAUCUUGAAGAGAUCCCUUUUCAGAGUUCGACUUUUGGCAGUGAAAACACAUUCGUAUGUUUGGAUAAAAAAAAUAAAUCUAGACGAAUUCGAUAGUAGGAAGUCACCGUUUCGACGAUAACGAUUUGAUUUUAUUUUAAGCGAUCAUGCAAAUAAAAUUUACAAUCAUCACUAGUCGAGUGUUACGGGUUGACAACGAUGGGUUCAAAUGAUUCUGCAUACAAACAGUAGUUAUAGAUCGACUCCGAGAAGUUCUCUUCAAUUUGAUCAACAAAAUAAAAUUGGCAUGACAGGAAUCAUAGAAUUCGAUAGAAGAUUUUAGUAGACGCAGCCUUGCAAUUUUUUUUAAAUAGAGUGCAAAUACUUUUAGAUUAGUAUUACGUUUAACUUGGCGAAUGAAAAAAAAACAUACGAAGUAAUGAAGAAGCUAGUUGCGUUUUGUUUAAUACGUCUUCGACAAAUAACCAAUAAUAAUCAAUCUUUUCGGAAAACAAAGCUGAAUGAUCGAAGACCAUUUUUUGAAGUACGACCAUGAAAAUUAUUACAACAAACACACAUUUCAAGCAUAUUUUAACCAACAAAUUCAAAAGGUUAAAUCAGCAUGCAACAUUGCAAAUUUUACAUUUUCUGACAACAGCCCUUUAUGUGGAAACAGCGUACUUCUCUUUGUAAAUACUAUUCAAAAUGGUAAUAAUAUAUAUUUAAAAAUAUCAA